GCCAGUCGUUCGCCUGCUGCUGAAAAAUUAACUUCGGCAUAAUUUAGUUGGUCUUUGUCUUUCGCUGCGCUCGUUACGUUUCGUCGCUACCUUCUCUCGUUUUCGAAGGAUUCCACUUAAUGCCGCAGCAGAAAUAACAAUAACAACAGGCAACGUCGCGAAAUUCAAAUACAGAAUUCGUAGCACACAUUUCAGCAGCACUGCUCAGUGCUUUGCGGUUAAAUUUUGAAUCCCUUGUUCGACCCAGCAGCAAGUGGUUGCUCCCUCUCGCAAAAAAUCGAAAUCGCUGUGAAACAAAUUGAUUUUUUGUGCUGGCCAAAAAAGCAAACCCGACCCCAAAUAAGAUACACCGGCAACAACCAGUCCACACAUAUCCCAGCCACCCACUACCAGUUCUUAGCUUGUGUGAAAGGAAAAAAACUCAUCAUGCUUAUUGGAUUAGUACGCGACUCCGUGAUGCAGUGCUUCUGCCACACGUGCCGAGCACCCGGAAUUCUGCCAGCGGUGUCGAGAAGAUCUGCGCCAAUCAAGAAAAUCAAUAAGAUUCGUUCCAAGCAGCCGCGGCUCAGCAAGAAAGUAAAAUUUAUAACCACAGAGAUUCGCUGCCAGGAGAAGUCCCGUGGAGGACUGAGCUAUGAGGUCAUCCUGGCCGAGCCGGCACCGAACGUUGCGGUUCCCAAGCGUCCGGUCACCCCCGGCAAGAACGUUAGCGUCGAGGAGAUUGAACAAAAGCUGAAGGCGGCCGAGGAGCGACGCAUUUCUCUAGAAGCUAAAAAGAUGGCUGAUAUUUCCAACAAGCUGGCCAAGGUUGAGGAAGCCACUCGCAAAAAGGAUGAGAUUACCAACGAGUUCAUCACUCAGACCAAGGAGCAACUGGAAUCGAAAAUGGAACAGCAUGUGGAAAAACGCGACGCCAUUAUCAGUGACAUGAAGGAGAAGCUGAAGAUUCAUGCACAGGAGAUCGAAAAAACGCGUGAGACUCUUGAGCAGCAGAAGGCCAACGAGCAGAAGGCAAUCGAAGAGAAAUUGAAGAUUGCGCAAUCUCUUCGCGAUGAAAAUAUUAAGAAAAUGUUGGAUCGUCUAAAAGAGCAUAACACAAUCAAAAUUGCCGAAAUCAAAUCGCAGAACGAUCAAUUGGAAUGUCAAAAGCUCGAGGAGAAAGCUCGCAUUUAUGAGAACAAAUUGUUCGCCGCAGAGCAGAAGCGCGAAAAGGAAUUGCAAAAGAAAAUUGAAAAAGUUCAAAAACUCGAGCGUCGUGCCGAGCUAGUACGCCAAAACAAGGCCCAGGCUCAGGACAUGGAAGGCCAGCAGAGCCCCAUUGCCUCAUCUGGUUAGAGGGGUCGAUUUUGCACCGAGAGCUGUGCUCACACUUACUGCAAAUAAGGCGACUGCAAAAAGAACAGCAACACUGCAUAAUACACCAACACAAGUUUAAGCAAGAAAACCCUUUAAAAUGAAUCCAAUUUCAUCAAAAUUCUCAAGUAUUAUAAAAUGAAACGAAAAGGCAAGAGGAAAUUCUCAACACACCGCUGAACGAAAUGAGCCGAAUAACAGCAAAAAAUGUACUCACAACCCUAAGGCAAAAAGCUAAAAGCAAAGCAAAAACCAAGAAAUGCUUGCGGCAAAUUAAUGCAACAAAUAUAAAUUAAGGGAAAUCUACAUAUAUUUAAACUCAAAGACAGCCAGAAGCAAGAAAAUGGAAAGCCUGUCGUUUAAUUUAAAAUUAUAUUAAUAUUUCGCUUUAUUUUCAUUUUUUUAAAGCUUAAAACUUUUUACCUUUUUCGUUUUUAAAAGUGUUGUAUACAUUUUGGAUUCAUAAUUUUGAUUAUCUUAGUCUCAAACAAUUAUUAAAUUUCUGAGGUAUGCUUCAAAAGAUAAUAGCACGCUGUAUCUGCAUCAAUAAAUGGCUUUUGCGCGUAUAAUUAAUAUUCAUUUUAAUAUAUAAUUGAAUAUUCAUUUUAAUAUACUUACUUGCCAAAACACUUUAUAUAUAUUUGCUGAAUAUCGUUCAACACUAACGAAUAGUUAUUUUUUAUAAGUUUCGCAUUUCCUAUAUAUAUAAAAUAAAUGUCAAACAGAAAAAAUACAUACGAAAUGCUUAAAAACUUCAAUAAAAAUCAAAUACAAUGUAAAACACACGAAAUACAUUUUGGUUUUAUUUACAUACAACACGACACGCAAAAACCAUUAUUAUGAAUGAAAAGAAACUACAUAUGUAUAAGCAUACAUAUAUGUCAGUAUAUUAUAUGGAAAUGAAUAUUUUGUCUAACGUCGAGUUAUUUUUAGAAAUGGGUUUAUAUACAUUGAAUGGGGUUACAAUAAAAAAAAAGUAUGUAAGGCAAGACAAAUGGGAUAUUUAGGCAAAUUUUUUCCAUCCUGCGAGUUUUUGAUUUAAUUUCGUACCAUACGGCGCUUUAAAGGAUAGCUUAAAUUUAAAUCAAAUACCGUUAUAAAUGUGUACUCGUGUAAAACUAUAGCUUCUACAAAUGAAUAUCAAUAAUAAUCGUAAUAAAAAAGCAAUGGCAAAAUAACUACACGCACAGACCAAAAAUUACCCAGACACGAAAACUUUCAAACAUUCUCAAGAAAAGUAAAGUAAAAGUAAAGCAUCAAUACAAUUGAAAAAAAAAAUGCUUUGAUAUUUACUCAAUUUAUGAUAUAUCAACGUCUAAUUAAUCUAAUCUAAUGCAAUAAUCAACUGAACGAAGCUUUCAAGAAAAAAAGAUCUAUACGUUUUGAAUCCAACGUUCUUAACACAAACCAGAAAUACGAUUGCUUACAAAAAACUUUUUCUGAGUUUACGCAUAAAUUAAGUUCAUAUAAAACACACAUAACUGACCAUAUGCAAGCGAAAACACUUAUAAAAAUUGUAUUAUAAAAGUGCAUAAUACAAAUAAAUGACAUAUUUAUAA